AUGAUAGUUUUCUUUUAUUGUUGUUGUUCUUGCCUUUUUUUUUUUUUUGCUGUUUGUUUUUUGCUUCUACCUUUGCAUGUUUUUCUUUAUAUGUCUGUUCUAUUAGGCCCCUCAAUGAUCAGAGGACAGUUGGGCGUGUGCAUUCCAUUUUUUUGGCGAUGCGUCUUAGCUGCUGGUGAGGCGGCGGUAGGAAGCCAAGGUACCGUGCGAAGCGAAAAGAACCCAAACGGUUAUGCAUCAUGGCCCUUAGUGUUGCUUCUUAUCAUAUUUUUUAUUAAUGUCGCGCUUGCUGCCAUGUUUGCCGGCCUUACGAUUGGUCUCUUUGGGAUGAACUUUAUUACCCUUGAAAUCAUUUCUUCUGCAGGCAAGGAGCCAGAUAGUGCGUACGCGAGAAAAAUUAUUCCAAUACGACGCUAUGGGCAUCAACUAUUGGCAACCUUGCUUAUUGGAAAUAUGCUAACUAUGGUUAUUAUUUCACAGAUGGUGACUGCUAUUAUUCAAUCGACCGAAUUUGUUAACUUUAUUGUGGCCACGGCUGUUGUAUUUGUGUUUUCAGAGAUUAUACCAAUGGCUGUGUGUAACAAGGGACCGUAUGCUUUAUGGAUUGGGGCAAAAAGUGCUACUAUUGUAUCCAUUGCUCUUUUUCUUCUUUAUCCCGUAGCAAAACCAUUGGGCAUGUUUCUGGAAUGCAUAGUGACGCAUGAUGAGGGACUUGUGUACGAUCGGAAUGAAUUGAAAAAACUUAUCCGUAUUCACUAUGAGAAGUAUGGAAAUGAAUCGGGGCUCGGGGAUGAUGAGACGCGCAUGAUUAUCGGUGCCCUUGAAAUGCAUGAGGCAAAUCUUACUUCCAUUUUAAAACCACUCGAUAGAGCCGUGAAGCUCCCAGGCAGUAUAGCGAUCACCCGCAAAUUGGUGGAACAGCUGUGGGCCUGCGGUAGAUCACGAUUGCCGGUGUACUCUAAUGACACUUACACAUACAUUACUGGAAUUCUUUUUGUUCGUUCGCUCAUUAACAUUACAUCCGAACAGAUGGAAAACGGUAUCACUGUACAGGAUGUAGUGAAUACAAAUCCACAUGAUAUUUUUAUUGUGCCUGAGACGAUGUCAUUGAAUGAAUUGUUAAAGAUAUUCCUGUCGAGUACAUCACAACUUGUUUUUGUGGAAAGGGAUUGUAAGUUUGAGACUUUGAAUGGCUCGCUUGCUGCGAACUCAAAAAUGACAACAAACCCCGUGAGCCACAGAGAAGGAAUAGAAAAGGAGCGGCAGAAGUUGAUGGGAACGACACGGGAAUUAAAAAAUACACGGGUUACAGUUCUCACACCCCAAUUAGCUCUGGAGAGAGGCACAGCCUUCUCCAUUGUUGGCAUUGUAACGCUGGAAGAUGUCAUUGAGCGUUUUAUUAAGUCGGACAUCUAUGACGAGUAUGAUCGGACUGAGGAGGUAGAAGAGGAUGAAGUAGGAGAGGAAUGGGGAGGCGAAUUGCAAGGAAAGGAGAGGAGUAACGCACAAGAAACAAGGUUGAGUGUCAGGGAUCGAUGCGGUGAGAUAUGGGAAAGUGGUUUGGGCUACUCCCGGAGCGAGGGUGCUCCGCGUGCAAAUUUUUACUCGUACACUGUAAAUGACAGGGAGGCUAAUGAUGCGAUGACAGAAGAGCAGAAAUGGACUCUGGCCAAUUUUAUCAUCAAUUCUUAUCCCGCCUUUGCGAUGUGGACCCGUCGGCAGGUAAAGUGUUUUAUUGACCGUAUUGGUGACUGCGUCGUUCGGUUAGAAGAGGGUGAGCAUGAGGGUACUCUGUUGUACCAGGCCGGGGAGAGAAGUGAUGCGUUUACUCUGUUACUUAGCGGUGGCGUACGUGUUUCUGUCUGUGGUGGGAACUUUUCAACAGAAAAACGAAGUUUUUCGGCUUUUGGAGAAGAAAUUUUUCUCCAUGAAGGUGGUUUUGUACCGGAGUACACAGCCGUUAUCUCACGCACAAGCCGAUACCUUCGGUUUACCAUAAAACAAUUCCUCGAGGAGGAGCAGCGUGUACGGAGUGGAAAUGGACCGCGAUCGGUGACGGGACUCAUCAUUGAUGACUCGGGCGCGGAGGAAAAGCGAUGCAUAGAUUGUGAGGAACUUUCUUUAUUAUGA